AUGCCCUACGACAACACACCCUACUUCAAGGCGCGCACGAAGCUGCUGGCGGCUCGACUUGGACAACACGAGCGAUCCGGACAUUCUGAAGCACAACUAUUUUUGACGGCCCGCGAAAACUAUCUUCACUACUCGAACACGCUCAAGCAGUUGGCCAAAAAUUUAUUGGAAUUUCAUCAACUUGUCCGCGCCAAACAACCCGGCUAUUUGUCGUUCAACUCUCCAUUCACGCACACCACCGAUAAGGAACGCGACAAAUUUGACGCCGACACGGAAAAGGCUCUUAAACAAAUGAAAACACUGCUCUCGUCGACGAGUCAAGCGGUUGUGGCUGAUAAAGAGCUGAAGAAAUUGGCACAGGGCUACGAACAUUUAAGCCAUGUGGUGAGCAUCGUUCGGGAACAAUUGAAACAUUUAGCGAAUCAGAUCACCACGAUGAGAAAAAAUCGGCUGAAACAUGUGACGAAUCGACGAACUUUUGGAAGCCUGCGUGGAUUGGCUGAACAUGCUAGAGCAAGAGGAAUCGAGCUGGAGCCAAAAAAUGCUAAUCUAAUGAGAAAAGAUUUAACUCCCGCUGGUGACAACGAGGAAUCCACUUGGAAACUUCAGAAUGAUGAGAAAGCGGCUUUGUUAGACAAUGAUGUGUUAGACACUUGGACGUGGAAAGAGGACACAACGAGUGACAAGACUGAUGUCCCAACUUCUAACAAGCGAGAAGAAGAAUCGUCUGUGCUUCGGAAGAGGAAACAAAAUGGAAACAAUUUCGAGGAGGACAAUAAGCCUGAGUUGCCCGAUAUGCGAGAUUUGAGUGACAAGGAGCGAACGCAGCUUACCCUCGAAAAUGAGCAGAUGUAUGCUAAAUUUUCGCAGGCCAAUGUCGAGAUUGAUCACCUCGAGACGCAAAUCAGCGAGAUUCAACAUUUGCAGGCGACUUUCGCUGAACGGUUAUUGGAACAAGAGAAAGACAUUGACCACGUGCAUGAGAUCGCCGUUCAUACAACCGAGAAUUUACGAGAUGGAAAUGAAUGGAUUCGGGAGGCAAUAUCGGAUAGCGCAAGCCGUCGAGUGAUCGUCCUUUUUUGCAUCAUCGUGAUCACUUUUGCGCUUUUGUUCAUCGAUUGGUAUAAUCCA